ACAGCGACGCCAAUAGAACUGUUGGUGAUACGUCGAGAUACUAAAUGAAAACAAGAUAUAACAGAUGGAUUUUGUAUUUCCUGCUUUGAUAACGUUGACACUGUACACUUAAGAGUACACCCUAGUAGGCGUAGGCUACUUCGUACUGUUUGAAGGUAAAGGAAUAUGUUUUACUUUUGAUGAAGCGGUAAAUUGAAGACAGUAUGACGCCAUUUUCAAUCUGGUCAUCUGUCCUUGGGAUUGUCCUGUCAUCACCACUCAUCUUCACUCUAUGUCGGGGUGGAAAUGUGCUUGUGUACCCCAUCGAAGGAAGCCACUGGGUCAACAUGAACAUCCUCAUCGAGGCUCUGCAUGCUCGGGGACACAAUGUAACGAUUGUGCGUUCAGACAAGAGCUGGUACAUCAAGGAGAAAUCCCCACAUUACAGCACCGUUACUGUCCCUGUUGAAGAGAGCUUAGAUGAGACAUUUAUUACAGAAAUCAUCACGAAAGGGAUUGAUUCUCAAAGUGGAAAAUACUCUAUGAUCAACAUUCUGAGCUUCCACGUUCAGUUGAUUGAAUCAUUCUCAAGAGCUCAUCGCAUUGUGAGCAAAAUGGUCGAGGCUAUUUUCAAGGACAAUAUGUUAACAAAAAGACUUCAGGAAAGCCAGUAUGAUUUAGUGCUUGCUGACCCUUGUUGGGGUGGUGGAACAUUAUUGGCAAAGUACCUUAACUUGCCUUUGGUUUACAAUGUGAGGUGGCUUCCCGUUGGAGAGGGGCAUUCUGCAAUUGCCCCUUCCCCCUUAUCCUACAUCCCAAUCACAGGAUCUGGCUUUUCAGACAAGAUGUCCUUCACUGAACGUAUCAGAAACAUGCUUUUCUAUUUGUUUACGCUCUUUCAUGAUGUGUAUAUUGUCAGGCCUCAUUAUGCUGCUCUGUGUCAUGACUACCUUGGCCCAGAUGUGGACUUCUACUCAUUAAUGCAAGCAGCUGAUCUCUGGCUCAUGAGGGUUGAUUUUGUCUUUGAAUUCCCACGCCCAACGAUGCCCAAUGCUGUGUACAUAGGAGGGUUCCAGUGUAAGCCUGCUAAGCCUCUUCCCCAAGACCUGGAGGAGUUUGUGCAGAGCUCUGGAGAACAUGGAAUCAUUAUUAUGUCACUGGGUACCUUUGUUGGUCAGCUUCCUUAUGAUCUAACAGAAGAGAUAGCUGCUGCUUUUGCCCAGCUGCCUCAGAAGAUUAUCUGGAGGCACACAGGAGAAAGGCCAGAGACUCUAGGUAACAACACCCUAUUGGUCAAAUGGAUGCCACAGAAUGAUCUUCUGGGACAUCCAAAGACCAGAGCCUUUGUGGCACAUGGAGGAACCAAUGGAGUUCAGGAGGCCAUCUACCAUGGGAUGCCAGUACUGGGAAUUCCAUUAUUCUUUGACCAAUAUGACAACCUCCUUCGACUGAAAAUUAGAGGAGGAGCGCAGAUCCUCGAGAUAGGCACUUUAAACAAAGACAGCUUCCUCCAGGCCUUACAGGAAGUGCUUCAUGAACCAUCCUACAGGAUGAACAUGCAGAGACUCUCCAGGCUGCAUCUGGACCAGCCAAUGAAACCACUGGACCGUGCAAUGUUCUGGAUUGAGUUUGUCAUGAGACACAAAGGUGCUGCUCACCUGCGCACAGAGUCCUACAGGAUGCCCUGGUAUGCCUACCACUCUGUGGAUGUUAUAAUGCUGCUGCUGGCUGCUGUGUUUGUUAUAUUGCUGACUGCUGUUGCUAUCAUCAGAUUUUUGUGCUGUAGGACAAGAAAAAUUAAAUCUGAUUGAAUGCACUGGAAUGUCAUCUGCUUAAAAUAUAAAUUCAAAGCUUUAAAAGGUAUUGUUGAAAAUAGCUAUUUCUGAUUAAUCGAAUGCCAAGUUGUAUUUGUAUUAAUCUGUAGGCGUAUUGGUGUAAUUUAACUUUAUAUUUGUGUAAUUUCACUUAUUGAACUCUGUGAAACCACAUUCUGUGACUUAGUCGAUAACUAUUCAUAACACAUGAUUUUCACACUGAUGUUCUACAUUACUACAUUAUUUCAAGUGUUUACUUUUGAUUGGUACAGGCCAUUUGUUUUUUGAUUAUCUUAAAAUGAACUCUAAAAACUCCACUAUCUUUUUCUCUGAAAAUCAACCACAUCUGACACAACACACAAACAGUUUGAAAACCUCAUGGUUACUGGCUGGGAGCCACAACUGCAAUAAAGCAGAUUUACUACCUAA